UGAUCACGUUACUCAAUAGCACACGCUCAAUAAUGUUUUGACGUGUUUUUAUACUUCUAAUCUGUUUUAUCUGUAUGCGUAAUACAGUCUAAGUGACAUUUAAGAAAAAUCACAAUUUAUUACGGACGGAUGGGAUGAAGGUACGAAUUGUACUUUAUUUUUGACAUUCGUAUCUAUGAGCAUAUUGACUUGCGCUAACGUUAACCUGAAAUUCAACCUGGAAAUAGAGCACUAACUAUUACAGUAAGUAUCAUACCAAUAAAUGUAUCUUUUAUUUAUUCUUCUGAGUAAAAAGUGCUGUGACAGAUAGCAGACAACAGGUUAUCGGAUUAAAAGCUAAUGCCAAUGUAUCCCUCUACACAGGAUUGCUUAAAGUGUAGUUAGUUUCUAUGCAUUUACUCAGUAAUCAUGUCAUGUAAAUGUAAUCACCACAGAACUGAUAAAUAAUCAUGAUUAAUGGCCGUUUAGAGAAAGAGGAGGGGCAGGUGAUUCAUCACAAGGUUUAAAAGAGCAAGUCAGGAGAUAUUUGUACCCUAGAUACUCAAAUCAACAAUUAGUGAUGUUUUGGACCAUAGACAGUACCAGUUCUGAGGAAUCUGGUGAUUUCUCCCUAUGUGGAUUUAUGAAAAUAUUUGCUUCCCUCAAGUUAUGGAAAAACAGAAAAGACAAAAUCAUAUGUUCAUGGUGUCAUGUUACCUUUGGUAGGAUGAUCGAAAGUCAAGAGCAAGAUGAGUUCAUUGCUGUGAGAGUUCAGGAUCCUCGCGUUCAAAACGAAGGGUCGUGGAACUCCUAUGUGGACUUCAAAAUUUUCCUUCAUACAAACAGCAAAGCAUUCACUGCCAAAACAUCCUGUGUGAGGCGGCGAUACAGCGAGUUUGUGUGGUUGAAGAAAAAACUGCAAAAGAACACUGGUCUGGUACCUGUUCCUGAUCUACCGAAAAAGUCUUUCUUCUCGUUUAUUAAUGAUGACUUCAUUGAAAGAAGGAGAAAAGGUCUUCAGAGCUUCUUGGACCAAGUGCUGCACAUGACAGUAUGCCUGUCAGAUAGCCAGCUCCAUCUUUUCCUGCAGACUCAGCUUCCUGUCAAGCACAUUGAGGAUUGUGUGCAGGGUCACACCCCUUACACUGUGACAGAAGCCAUUCUGACUUAUGCUUCCUCUAACCGUGGCUGGGUGCAGGAGGAAGGGAACGGGGUCCAAGAAUUAUGGCCCACCCCUGUUCCGUAUGAAUCUGUAGAGAGCCCUGCUCCUCACCUCCCUUCAUUACAAAGUCCAGGAGCCACAUCCAGUGGGCCUCUAAAUGAACUUACAGAUGUUUCAGACUCCGAGUCGAGACAGAGUGAUGCAGAACAGACUGCACUUGACCUGAAGCAGGGAAUCGGCCGUGAGCAGCUGCCUCAAGAGGGAGAGAAUUACAUUAAACUAGUAGUUGAAGUCCACCCAAACCUUGUUGUUUUUGUAGAAACCGAGGAAGAGGAUGGAAACAUUGGCUCAAAAGAAACGCGAAGGCUUGAUGAAGAUGCCAAAGAUCUACAAAGUUAUGAUUGUGAAAAUCUAGCUCCACAGAUAGACGGACUCAUUGAAGACAAGCUUCAGCAAGGAGAUGCACACAAUGAAGAAGAUCUUGAUCAAGAAACGUCUGUUACCGAAGACGUAGUUGGCGUUACCUCAGCAGACGAAGUCAUCGAGAAAAAGAUUGAUGAUAUCAAUGAAGCCAAGAAGGGAAUUCAAGAUGUUGGACUUGAACAGGAUAACACUGUGAGACAAACCCCUGACAAGAUCCUUCAUGAAGAAGAUCAAUUAGAAAGGAUCCAUAAAAAUGAAGUUACUAUUGAUCUCAGUGCUGAUGCUGAGAAGCUACUUGAAACCGCAGAAGAUGUUGCACUCCAUGAUGCUAGUGAGCAGAACACGCCAGAUAUUGAAGAUCAAGAUAAAGCUGAGAUAACAGAGGGACAUGUGGUCCAGGAGAAUGGAGUCAGUGAUGAAGACGCUGCUGCCCAGGAAGAGGCCAUGAAUGAGAAUGAGGUGCAUGUUGGGGAAGUGAACAAGCUCAAUGCAAAAUGUCUUCAGCCUGGCAGUGCAAUUUUGAUACUUGAGGGAAUUGAGGAAGCGGUGAGCACGCAAACGGCCCCCAUGACGGAGACUGUCAGUAACCUCGAUGACAAUACUGCUGAUGUCAACACGUUUGUUCUACAAGCCAUAGAGAUGGAUUCAAUGCAAUGUCACGAGACGGACAGUCAAACUAUCAUCACUACCCACCAACCAGAUACUAAUUCCCAUGGGAAUUAAUCCAGUCAUAGAUUGGACAGAGUUAUCAAAAAGUCCUCCCUUCAGCUCUUUCCCAGUCAACAUCCAAGAUGUUUUUCUACUGUGUGUGUGAGUGUGUGUGAGCGAGUGCACGUAACUGUUUUCUGCAUUGAUCCACUGUUGAUGUGUUCAGUUACAGACUGUUUACAGAAGAUACACUGAAUGAUUAGACCGGGCUGUAGUUUUUCCCUACAAACAAUGUGAACAAACACAGAUAAUGCACUGACUAAUGUGCCAUUCAGGAUUGUGAGCAAAUUGCACACGCAACGAAUAGUUAUGAAUCCAUGGUAGCGGGCAAGAAAAAGCAGUGUACAUCACUAUGGCACCUUGAUUCUAAUAAGUCACCAUUCUUAAUCAAAAUAUUUCUGCGUUUGUAUGAUUUUAGCAACAGGAAUUAGCCCAUGCCAUGUUGCUGAUCUAUUUUAGCAAAACCAGAUUUUAACUGAUUUUCUAAGGCACUUCCUUUUUUCUCCCAACUGUAAAAACAUGUUGCUGUCACAUGUUUGCCCUACUGGAACUUUGGGUAAUUUAAGGGAUAGUUCGGCCCAAAUUUAAAAAUCUGUCAACUUUUACUCACCCUCAUGUUCUUCCAAACCUGAAUGACUUUCUUCUGUGGAACACAGGAUGAUAUUUGGAAAAAUGUUUUUCUAUCCAAUGUUGUUUUGGACCCAACUUAAUUUCAUUGUAUAGUUAAAACAUUCUUCUAAGUAUCUUCUUUCGUGUUUUAAUUAAUUUAAGAAAAUUACAAGGGUGAGUAAGACAUGACAAAAUUUUCAUUUAGGGGUGAAAUUAAAUUAUAUUGGUAUGUUUAGUGUUAGUGUGGCUGUUAAGAAUACCAUUUUUUAAAAAUGUAUAUAUAUAUAUUUCAGGGUCUUUGCUAUCUAAUUUCUUUGUUGCUUAAUUGAUGGUCAGAACACUACUUUCCAUACAGGAACUUUAUGAGCUGAGGAAAAUAACCCAAAAUGCAUAAGAAAUUACAGUGCACAUUGUUUGGAAUGAUAAUAUAUUUUAUUUUCCCCAUCCUGAUUUAAUGUUUCACUAGGUCAGGUAGGCUGCUCGUUGACUGUUCUUCUAUAUUCUGCUGUGAUUAUGUGUUACAGUGGCUGAUUGUAAUACUAAAAUGGGAACAGAAACAUACUCAAAAGGGAAUUGCUUGUUGAUUGACAGAAAAGGGUACUACUUUAUUUUCUGAGAUAAGUUGAUCUUUUUUUACGCACAGAUGUUAUUUUUAUCCAAAUCAGCACAGUAACAAAUAUGAAUUCACAGUAGCGUUACAAAUUCAAAGCAUCCUAAAUUAUUAUUUUUAUUUGUUUUUAAAGGAUUUAAGUUAAAGUUACAUUUUUAAAAGUAAGUUGUGAAGAGUAUAAGAACGUCUCAGUCGGCUCCACUCGUAAUGUGACAUUUUCAUGUUCAUUUGAACGAGCCACAUCUGUUGGUCUACAUUGUACAUGAGUGCCAGAGCGGGUGUUCAUUACUGUAUGUAUGUUUGGAUUCACCAUUCACCAAUGUGCUUACUAACAGCAAACCAAUAAAGAAUAUGAGGCUGAGAGAACACGUCAGAAA